UAUGAUAUUGAAGACCUUUCUGCAUAGAAAUGAGGGAAGUACAAAGAACCAAAUAUAGUUCUGAACUUUCGGAUCUGUAUUUUGAGAUGAUUUUAUUUUCAGAAUGAGAAGUAUAUCUGGUUAUCUUUAUGAAUGUAGAGACAUGAGAAGAGAGUUAUGAUGGCAAAAAACAAAGAGCCUCGCCCCCCAUCCUAUACGAUCAGUGUAGUUGGACUCUCUGGGACUGAAAAAGACAAAGGUAACUGUGGAGUUGGAAAGUCUUGUUUGUGCAAUAGAUUUGUACGCUCAAAAGCAGAUGAAUAUUACCCAGAGCAUACUUCUGUGCUUAGCACCAUUGACUUUGGAGGACGAGUAGUAAACAAUGAUCACUUUUUGUACUGGGGUGACAUAACACAAAAUGGUGAAGAUGGAGUAGAAUGCAAAAUUCAUGUCAUUGAACAAACAGAGUUCAUUGAUGACCAGACUUUCUUGCCUCAUCGGAGUACGAAUUUGCAACCAUAUAUAAAACGUGCAGCUGCCUCUAAAUUGCAGUCAGCAGAAAAACUAAUGUACAUUUGCACUGAUCAGCUGGGCUUGGAACAAGACUUUGAGCAGAAGCAAAUGCCCGAAGGGAAGCUCAAUGUAGAUGGGUUUUUACUGUGCAUUGAUGUGAGUCAGGGAUGCAAUAGGAAGUUUGAUGAUCAACUUAAAUUUGUGAAUAAUCUUUUUGUCCAACUAUCAAAAUCAAAAAAGCCUGUAAUAAUAGCAGCAACUAAAUGUGAUGAGUGCGUGGAUCAUUAUCUUAGAGAAGUUCAGGCAUUUGCUUCAAACAAAAAGAACCUUCUUGUAGUGGAAACAUCAGCACGAUUUAAUGUCAACAUCGAGACAUGUUUCACUGCACUGGUACAAAUGUUGGAUAAAACUCGUGGCAAACCUAAAAUUAUUCCCUAUCUGGAUGCUUAUAAAACACAGCGACAACUUGUUGUCACAGCAACAGAUAAGUUUGAAAAACUUGUGCAGACUGUGAGAGAUUAUCAUGCAACUUGGAAAACUGUUAGUAAUAAAUUAAAAAAUCAUCCUGAUUAUGAAGAAUACAUCAACUUAGAGGGAACAAGAAAGGCCAGAAAUACAUUCUCAAAACAUAUAGAACAACUUAAACAAGAACACAUAAGAAAAAGGAGAGAAGAAUAUAUAAAUACUUUACCAAGAGCUUUUAAUACUCUUUUGCCAAACUUAGAAGAGAUUGAACAUUUGAAUUGGUCAGAAGCUUUGAAGUUAUUGGAAAAGAGAGCAGACUUUCAGUUAUGUUUUGUGGUGCUAGAAAAAACACCUUGGGAUGAAACUGACCAUAUAGACAAAAUUAAUGAUAGACGAAUCCCAUUUGACCUCCUGAGCACUUUAGAAGCUGAGAAAGUCUAUCAGAACCAUGUACAACAUCUAAUAUCAGAGAAAAGAAGGGUAGAAAUGAAGGAAAAAUUCAAAAAGACUUUGGAAAAAAUUCAGUUCAUUUCACCUGGGCAGCCGUGGGAAGAAGUUAUGUGCUUUGUUAUGGAGGAUGAAGCCUUCAAGUACAUCACAGAGGCUGAUAGCAAAGAGGUGUAUGGUAGGCAUCAGCGAGAAAUAGUUGAAAAAGCCAAAGAAGAGUUUCAGGAAAUGCUUUUUGAGCACUCUGAACUUUUUUAUGAUUUAGAUCUUAAUGCAACACCUAGUUCAGAUAAAAUGAGUGAAAUUCAUACAGUUUUGAGUGAAGAACCUAGAUAUAAAGCUUUACAGAAACUUGCACCUGAUAGGGAAUCUCUUCUACUUAAGCACAUAGGGUUUGUUUAUCACCCCACUAAAGAAACCUGUCUUAGUGGCCAAAAUUGUACAGACAUUAAAGUAGAGCAAUUACUUGCCAGUAGUCUUUUGCAGUUGGAUCAUGGCCGCUUACGGUUGUAUCAUGAUAGUACCAAUAUAGAUAAAGUUAACCUUUUCAUUUUAGGGAAGGAUGGCCUUGCCCAAGAACUAGCAAAUGAGAUAAGAACACAAUCCACUGAUGAUGAGUAUGCCUUAGAUGGAAAAAUUUAUGAACUUGAUCUUCGGCCAGUUGAUGCCAAGUCGCCUUACUUCUUAAGUCAAUUGUGGACUGCUGCCUUUAAACCACAUGGGUGCUUCUGUGUAUUUAAUUCCAUUGAGUCACUGAAUUUUAUUGGGGAAUUUAUUGGAAAAAUAAGAACUGAAGCUUCUCAGAUCAGAAAAGAUAAAUACAUGGCAAAUCUUCCAUUUACAUUAAUUCUGGCUAAUCAGCGAGAUUCCAUGAGUAAGAAUCUACCAAUUCUCAGGCACCAAGGGCAACAGUUGGCAAACAAGUUACAAUGUCCUUUUGUAGAUGUACCUCCUGGUACAUAUCCUCGUAAAUUUAAUGAAACCCAAAUAAAGCAAGCUCUAAGAGGAGUAUUAGAAUCAGUUAAGCAUAAUUUAGAUGUGGUGAGCCCAGUUCCCACCAGUAAGGAUGUAUCAGAAGCUGACUUGAGAAUUGUCAUGUGUGCCAUGUGUGGUGAUCCCUUUAGUGUGGAUCUUAUUCUUUCACCCUUCCUUGAUUCUCAUUCUUGUAGUGCUGCUCAAGCUGGACAGAAUAAUUCCCUAAUGCUUGAUAAAAUCAUUGGUGAAAAAAGGAGGCGAAUACAGAUCACAAUAUUAUCAUACCAUUCUUCAAUUGGGGUAAGGAAAGAUGAACUAGUUCAUGGGUAUAUAUUAGUUUAUUCUGCCAAACGGAAAGCGUCAAUGGGAAUGCUUCGAGCAUUUCUAUCAGAAGUUCAAGACACCAUUCCUGUACAGCUGGUGGCAGUUACUGACAGCCAAGCAGAUUUUUUUGAAAAUGAGGCUAUCAAGGAGUUAAUGACUGAAGGAGAACACAUUGCAACUGAGAUCACUGCUAAGUUUACAGCACUGUAUUCUUUAUCUCAAUAUCAUCGACAAACUGAGGUCUUUACACUGUUUUUCAGUGAUGUUCUAGAGAAAAAAAAUAUGAUAGAAAAUUCCUAUUUAUCUGAUAAUACAAGGGAAUCAACCCAUCAAAGUGAGGAUGUUUUUCUACCAUCUCCCAGAGACUGUUUCCCCUAUAACAACUACCCUGAUUCAGAUGAUGAUACAGAAGCACCACCUCCUUAUAGUCCGAUUGGGGAUGAUGUACAGUUGCUUCCAACACCUAGUGACCGUUCCAGAUACAGAUUAGAUUUAGAAGGAAAUGAAUAUCCUAUUCAUAGCACCCCAAACUGUCAUGACCAUGAACGCAACCAUAAAGUGCCUCCACCUAUUAAACCUAAACCAGUUGUACCUAAGACAAAUGUGAAAAAACUGGAUCCAAACCUCUUAAAAACAAUUGAAGCUGGUAUUGGUAAAAAUCCAAGAAAACAGACUUCUCGGGUACCUUUGGCACAUCCUGAAGAUAUGGAUCCUUCAGAUAACUAUGCGGAACCCAUUGACACAAUUUUCAAACAGAAGGGCUAUUCUGAUGAGAUCUAUGUUGUCCCAGAUGAUAGUCAGACUCGCAUUAUUAAAAUUCGAAAUUCAUUUGUAAAUAACACCCAAGGAGAUGAAGAAAAUGGAUUUUCUGAUAGAACCUCAAAAAGUCAUGGGGAAAGGAGGCCUUCAAAAUACAAAUAUAAAUCUAAAACCCUGUUUAGUAAAGCCAAGUCGUACUAUAGAAGAACACAUUCAGAUGCAAGUGAUGAUGAGGCUUUCACCACUUCUAAAACAAAAAGAAAAGGAAGACAUCGUGGAAGUGAAGAAGAUCCACUUCUUUCUCCUGUUGAAACUUGGAAAGGUGGUAUUGAUAAUCCUGCAAUCACUUCAGACCAGGAAUUAGAUGAUAAGAAAAUGAAGAAGAAAACCCACAAAGUAAAAGAAGAUAAAAAGCAGAAAAAGAAAACUAAGAACUUCAAUCCACCAACACGUAGAAAUUGGGAGAGUAAUUACUUUGGGAUGCCCCUCCAGGAUCUGGUGACAGCUGAGAAGCCCAUACCACUAUUUGUUGAAAAAUGUGUGGAAUUUAUUGAAGAUACAGGAUUAUGUACUGAAGGACUUUACCGUGUUAGUGGGAACAAAACUGAUCAAGACAAUAUUCAAAAGCAGUUUGAUCAAGAUCAUAAUAUCAGUCUCGUAUCAAUGGAAGUAACAGUAAAUGCUGUAGCUGGAGCUCUUAAAGCUUUCUUUGCAGAUCUGCCAGACCCGUUAAUUCCAUAUUCUCUUCAUCCAGAGCUAUUGGAAGCAGCAAAAAUCCCAGAUAAAACAGAACGUCUUCAUGCAUUGAAAGAAAUUGUUAAGAAAUUUCAUCCUGUAAACUAUGAUGUAUUCAGAUAUGUAAUAACACAUCUAAACAGGGUUAGCCAGCAAAACAAAAUCAACCUAAUGACAGCAGACAACUUAUCCAUCUGUUUUUGGCCAACCUUGAUGAGACCCGAUUUUGAAAAUCGAGAGUUUCUGUCUACUACUAAGAUCCAUCAGUCUGUUGUUGAAACAUUCAUUCAGCAGUGUCAGUUUUUCUUUUAUAAUGGAGAAAUUGUGGAAACUGUGAACACUGUGGCUCCUCCACCACCUUCAAACCCAGGACAGUUGGUGGAACCAAUGGUACCGCUUCAGUUGCCACCACCUUUGCAACCUCAGCUGAUUCAACCACAGUUACAGACAGAUCCUCUUGGUAUUAUAUAA